AUGGACGGCAUAGAUAAGCUCGGACUCUCUACAGCUUUAGCAAAGGCACGCAAGAGUUACCAAGAAGGAGGGAUCCCGAUUGGCGCUGCCCUUGUGUAUCACGGGUCUUCAACGGAUCCAAAAGAUGCAGUUGUUCUAGGAUGCUCGCACAACUCACGCAUUCAGAAGUCAUCGGCUACGUUGCAUGGGGAGAUAGCUGCCUUGGAGGAUGCAGGGAGACUUAAGGCACAAGUUUAUAGAGGAUGUACGAUGUACACGACCUUGAGUCCUUGCAUUAUGUGCACAGGUGCAAUUAUACUUUACAAGAUUCCGCGUGUCGUUAUUGGAGAGAAUGAGAACUGGGUGGGGGGAGAAGAGCUGCUGAAAAGCCAAGGCGUCGAGGUCAUAGUGGUUGAUAAUGCAGAAUGCAAGGAGCUCAUGAAGAAAUUCAUUGUCGAAAAACCGGAGGAAUGGAACGAGGAUAUCGGUGAGAUCCAGUAG